UCUUUUUGCGCAUGCGUUGUAGAGUACCAGAUGGCCCAAUCAUCUAUUUAACACACGCCAAAACCUGGUGGUGAUUUCCAGAAGAUGGCGACCGCUCUGGUGGUGUCAACUUCGGUUCCUGCUCAUCCUGAAAAGGAAAAAUGUGAAACAAUAAUUCAAAAGGUUAUGAGUCCAGAAGCCUACAUCAAGCAUCCUUUACAAAACAAGUGGGCUCUUUGGUUUUUCAAGAAUGACAAAAGCAAAACAUGGCAAGCCAACCUUCGUCUGAUCUCAAAAUUUGACACUGUAGAAGACUUCUGGGCUUUAUAUAAUCACAUUCAGCUAUCAAGUAACUUGAUGUCUGGCUGUGACUACUCAUUGUUUAAGGAUGGGAUUGAGCCAAUGUGGGAGGAUGGACGGAAUCGACGAGGUGGCCGCUGGCUGAUAACUCUGUCCAAGCAGCAGCGUAGAGCAGACCUGGAUCGGUUCUGGUUGGAGACGCUCUUGUGUCUUGUGGGUGAAGCUUUUGAUGACCACAGUGACGAUGUGUGCGGCGCCGUCAUUAACGUCCGAGCCAAAGGAGAUAAAAUAGCAAUAUGGACCACAGACUACGAAAACAAAGAAGCCAUCACACACAUAGGUCGUGUUUACAAAGAGAGAUUAGGCGUUCCUCCAAAAGUGAUCAUCGGGUACCAGUCACAUGCAGAUACCGCGACAAAGAGCGGCUCCUCAACCAAGAACAAGUUUGUUGCCUAAGGACUGUUAACCAGUAUCAUCAACCAUGCCUUUUUCUGUUGGCAGCAUAGAUUUUCUGUAAUCUUUCUUACAUUUUUAUCCACUAACAAAUAUUUGAAGUGGAGAUAAAAUUUCUACCUUUCAGUUUGCCUGUUUGUUGCUACUUAACCAAAGCUUUUGUUUAUGGUAAGGGUAUGUGCAGUUUAAAUGUAGCACGAUCAUCUGAGAAAUGAUUAUUUUUUGUGGUGGUGGGCUUAAGAUGGGUAAAAGAUUAUGUGAUACCCACAUUUCAUUUUCUAAUGCAGCUGCAUAUUUGUGGAGAAUUUGAUUUAUCAUUCCCUUAGUGUAUGUCAGUUAUUUUUCUUAAAGUACUUAACAUUAAAGGCAAAAAGAACAAAGUGAAACCCGUUCUACUUUUGGUAUAAACUAGCUCUUUAUUACUCUAGUGCCACACAGUCAAAUUACAAUAUACUGUACAUGUAUGGCUUUGUUGCACAUAUAGUUACAAGGUGGAAUUUUAAACCAUACAUUGUGAUCAAACCCACAUCUUAAAGUUUACACAUUUAUAGAAUACCUUUUUUUUAAUUCAGCAGUAUGAGCAGUUUUGACGUCUUUUGUGGAGUUGUUUUUCAGGUUGAUAAUUAUUUCAAAGUCGCUUUAUUGCUGACGUUGCAAAUAGGAUGUCCUUUAUCUUUAGUUUCUUGUGCAAUAUGUGAAGUGUUGACGUUUAUGUACUCAUGGUGCUUCAUAAUGAGUUAGUGGUAUAUUUUGAAGUUGACUUAUUUGCCACUUGAGUAAAAUACAAAUUUCUCACCAAAAUGGACUUUGAAGCAUACUGAUUUAUCACUGGAGGAAAUGCAAGCUGUUCAUGCCUGAGCUUUUGAUAUACUUUUUCUCUUGUAUACAAAUCUCUAGAAUUUUGAGUUUAAGAGCACAAAGAUGUCAAUGAUAACUGCAUUUUGUAUCGCGUAUGAUAUUUUCCAAAUGUACAUAUUGUUUGAUAUGUACAAUGUUCAGUUAAGUCAACUUGUUUGGUCAGUUUACAAAGUAGAAAUAUUUCCAUUGCAGAUUUUGUUUUGAUUGUGGCAUAAGAAAA